AUGCCGGCUUCUCGUCAUAUUGCUGUUUUGGCAUUUCCCUUCGGCACACAUGCUGCUCCUCUGCUCCAUCUCAUCAAAAGAAUUGCUGCCUCAGCGCCUGAAGAUGUCAUCUUUUCGUUUUUCGGCUCAUCGGAAUCGAACAAAUCGAUCUUUUCGGGUGGAAAAGGCGAUGAAGAAUUCGCCAACAUCGAAGCUUACGAAGUUUGGGAUGGAGUCCCUAAAGAUCAUGUCUUUAAAGGGAAUCCGCAUUUUGAACAAAUUGGGUUGUUCAUAAACGCAACCCCUGGUAAUUUUGAGAAGGCUAUGAAGGAAGCAGAGGAAGAAACAGGGGUCAAGAUUAGCUGCUUAUUGACUGAUGCUUUUCUUUGGUUUUCCGCUGAUUUGGCUGAGAAACAUGGAGUUCCAUGGAUUCCCUUUUGGACUGCUGCAUCUUGUGCUUUAUCUGCACAUCUCUAUACAGAUGAUAUCAGAAGAUUGCUCUCCACAAAUGAGCAAACAGUUGGAAUGAUUCCGGGUUUUGACGGUUUAAGCAUCAAGGACAUGCCCAAAGAAGUUCUGAUGGAUAACAAUCAAUCACCAUUGGCUCUUCUGAUUUACAAUAUGGCUCUGCAUCUGCCCAGAGCAACUGUUGUUGUGGUGAAUUCAUUUGAAGAGAUUGAUCCAGCCAUCACAUUAGACCUCAAAUCCAAGCUGAAAAAGUUCCUAAACGUUGGCCCUUUGCCUUUAAUGGCUGAAUCUUCGAAGAAAACAAUAGAUUCUUCCGCUGAUCACAACGACGAAUGCCUCGAGUGGUUGAAAAAGCAGGAUGAUUCAUCAGUUGUUUACAUAAGCUUUGGCAGCGUAAUCACUCCGCCUCCUCAUGAAAUGGUUGCAUUAGCAGAGGCAUUGGAAAGUUGGAAAGGACCAUUUUUGUGGUCAUUGAGGGACCAUGCUCGGAAGAAUUUGCCGGAUGGAUUCAUCGACCGGACAACCGGAAAUGGCAAAUUUGUUUCAUGGGCACCACAAAAGGAAGUGCUGCAAAGUGGUAAAGUUGGAGUCUUUGUAACACAUUGUGGAUGGAACUCCAUUUUAGAAAGCAUAUCAUAUGGUGUCCCCUUGAUUUGUAGGCCAUUUUUUGGGGAUCAAGUUUUGAAUAGUGCAAUGGUGGAGGAUAAAUGGAAGAUUGGAUUGAGGGUUAAAGAUGGGGUGUUCACUAAGGAUGGAACAGUCAGUGCUAUUGAAGUUAUUUUGUCAAGUGAAAAGGGGAAGCAAAUCAGAGAAAAUGUUCAAGUGCUCAAGGGAAAAGCCAUUGAUGCUGUUCAAGUACCAAAUGGAAGCUCUGUGAGGAACUUUCAAGAUUUGUUGGAGUUGGUAGCUAUGUCUUAA